CUGCAGACACACACACACACACACACAUUUACACAGAGUCACACACACUAAGCUUUUCUUAGCAGCCCUGCUGUGUCUUUACUAACGGGACAAGUUUAAACCUCCAGGAUAUCUCUGUCGGGCUCUCCGCUUCUCCUCUCGCCUCCAUGUGACCAUCUCGACCCGGACUGAGGACGUUCACUGCUGCUAAAAGGAUGAUGGUGACGGGAGCAGGCCACGGCCGAAGGUGCAGCCCUCGCUAGAAUCAUUCUUCCUCCCUUCAACUUCACCCCUCCACCAUCAUCCACUUCUGCCCCCCGGCGCCAUGGCUAACCACCUGGAGCUGAUCCAGGAGCUGCAGCAGCUGGACAAAGUGCCCAGCCUUGAGAGGCUGCGGGCGGCCCAGAAGCGGCGUACCCAGCAGCUGAAGAGAUGGGCUGUGUACGAGAAGGAGAUGCAAAACAAGAAGCGAAAGGCUGACAAGAAGGGACGCAACGCCAACAACCUCCAGCAAGAGUCCAAGAGGCAUGUCUCGUUUGCCGCCAGCGUGGCACUUCUGGAGGCAUCAGCCCGGAACGAUCCAGAUGAAGUACGCUACCUGCUGAAGAACAAUGUGAGUCCAGACCUCUGCAAUGAAGACGGUCUCACCGCCCUGCAUCAGUGUUGUAUCGAUAACUAUGAGGAGAUGGUGAAGAUCCUGCUGGACCGAGGAGCGAGUGUCAAUGCUCAGGACAACGAGCUGUGGACGCCGCUGCACGCCGCUGCUACAUGUGGCCACGCAGGGCUGGUCAAGAUUCUUAUUGCACAUGGGGCAGAUUUGCUGGCAGUCAACUCUGAUGGGAACAUGCCCUACGACCUGUGUGAAGACGACCCGACACUGGAUAUCAUUGAGACGGCUAUGGCCAACAGAGGCAUCACCCAAGAGAUGAUCAAUGAGACACGAGCGUCAACAGAGAGGAAGAUGCUGGGAGACAUUCAGGAACUGCUGAGACAGGCAGAGGAGGUCAACCAACAGGACUCUCAAGGAGCCACACUGCUCCACAUCGCAGCAGCAAAUGGCUACGUGCAGGCUGCAGAGCUAUUGCUGGAGGGGGGAGCUCGCAUGGACCUGAGAGACUCAGAUGGAUGGCAGCCUCUUCAUGCUGCAGCGUGCUGGGGUCAGAUGCAUGUGGCAGAGCUGCUGGUGUCUCAUGGAGCCAGUCUCAAUGCCAAGACCUUCCUGGAGGAGACCCCCAUCGAUCUGUGUGAGGAUGAGGAGUUCAGAGCCAUCCUGCUGGACCUUAAACACAAACACGACAUUAUCAUGAAGUCACAGCUCAAACACAAGACCUCACUGUGUAGGCGAACGUCCAGUGCAGGCAGUCGUGGAAAAGUGGUGCGGCGAGCCAGCCUGUCAGACAGACACAACUUGUGCCGUAAAGAGUACGAGACGGAGGCCAUCGUGUGGAGGGGAGGGAGGGAGGAGGAGGAUGAAAAAGAGAAGGAGUCUGAUCAGGAGAACAACCAGGUGGUUCAUGUCAAACCAGUCGUGGCGGUGGAGCUGCCAGACAAGCCCAAGCUGCCCACCAUCCUCAAAGAUGGCAACAGCAAACAGAACGGCCUCAUCUCCACGACGACGUCCACGCCGCCGCAACAGCCCGCCAAUGGCAACACGCCAUCGUCUGAUAAGGGCGGGGUCAUCACCACCCAGCCCACCCAGGAGGAAGCCUGGCCAAGAGAGCGCGCUCAGACUCUGUCGGAGCUCAAGAAACAGAGGGCAGCCGCCAAACUAUUGAAUCACCCCUUGUUCAACGGUCACCUAGGUAACGGCUCCACAGACUCCUUCACUGAUGCCAAAACCAACUCUGAGGACCCCCGCAUGCCGCUGGUCUCCUCCAAUGGCAACGCGGUUUACUACACGCCGGCCAGUGGCGACCCGCCCCUCCUCAAACUGAAACAGCCAAUGGAGGAAGAGCAGCCGAAGGCGCGGACCUGCUGCUGCGUGUCGUAGCGCUUUGGUCAUGUGACUGUUGACGGAACAGGAAAUGUUUGCACAGAGAACAGGGAAGCGAGGAAUGUGCUGUAGGAGGGAGGAGAGGGAAGGAAGGAAAGAGGGAGUGCUCGUGUCUUUUGACAUCCUUUCUCUCCCCUCCUUUUAACUUCUCCCAGAGAAGAUGGCUGAUUUGAAGAAGGUUUAAAAACGUAUCCUUGUACCUCCCUGCCAUGUGACUCCUCCCCCAAAUGCAGGCGUGUUUCAAGUGAAGAAAAGAGGAAAGGAACUAAGCAGCGCCACUUCUUUCCUCGGGACACCACUUGGAUUAAAAUUCCUUCUUAUGUAUGGAAUCUCUCUACAAGACAUGCCAAAUGGAUAGAAAAAGUGCAAGAAGCUGUUAUUCUGUCCCCGCUGUCCCUGUGCACCUUAAGAAUCAAGGUGUGGACAGUUUUUUUACAUAAGCUUUUCACCUGGAAAGGGUCAUACAUUCUGAAUCAGGAAAGUAGAGAAGAGCUCAAGGUACAAAGUGCAUGUUCUGCCCUCAGAGACAAAGACAGAAAGUUUUUUUUAUCCUACAUACGGAUGGUUAUCAUGGAAUUAAACAGCAUUUUCUGCAGGGCAAACUCACAUUGUUGUCAAACCACAGUGUUCUGCUUCUUUUUUUUUUCUCAUCUACUCGUCAUGUGCAAGUAGGCCAUCGCAGAACAGUCCACAUGUAUCGCGUUACGUCACGUUGUACUGCAACAUAUCAGAAACAGCGAAAACGUAGCAGAAAUAGAGAUCUGUGACAUCUCUUUUGAAGUAUCUAUCAUGUUAAACUGCUGCCUGCAUCAGUAAAGGGAAGGAAUGCCAUAAAACAGUGUUCAAAUAUUCAGGAAGUGUACUUCUGCAGCGAGAGAUAACAGGAAAGAGUAUAGUAGUGCACUAGUGUUUGAGACUGUCACUGUAUUCUGUCGACUAUACUUCACCUCACCGUCCUCUCAUAUCAAACCUGAACUGACAGGUCAUGCUUUGUUUUAUGCAUAACCCACUUUGUGCUCUCUCGUUUAGAUAAUUUAAGCAGGACAUGGUUGAAAUUUACUGUACAUUUCUUUAUUUAUGAAAUUAAUGUAAUGUGUAAAAAAAAAAAAACAUCAUGGUUCCUAAAGUUGAGUGUAUUUAUUAUUUGGAUGGUGUGUGGAGAGUGUGAAUGCAAUAUGAGAUGAGCUGGGGAGUCUCCCAGCAAAGCACCUUCUGACAUGGAAAAUCAAACAUUCGACUGAUAAAGUGAAGUGAGGGUUACUGUCUGUUAUAUGUACAUGUUAUUAAAAUCACACACACACAAGCCAUUCUCUAAUGGGAUGGGUGUCAUAUUUGUGUCACUACAAAUAACAGUGUUAUUUGUUUAUGUUUUUGUUUUUCGUUUUUUCCGGUGGCCAUUGUGUGGCUUUAUCUCCUCCCAGUCACUGUAUUUGUUAACAACAAUUGUAAAUGUUAUGUAAUGAAUUACUGUAAGUAUAAUAUGAGUUUUCUGAAGAGAGACAUGGACUCUAUGCUUGCCUCAGUUUAAAAAACAAACUAAACAUGAAUCCACACAUUUGAUAUGUAGCGAGCCAACGUCAUCAUGUCGGGUGUCCUUAAAUGCAUCAUGGGAUCAACACAAAAUAUAAACUGCUUCAUUAAAAUUGUUUGACAUUUUGGGAAAUAUGGUUAUUUGCUUUCUUGACGAUAAGAUCAAUAGCACUCCCAUGUCUGUACGCUCGAUACACAGCUGGAGCCAGCAGCUGCUUAGCUUAGCUUAGCAUAAAUAUUGGCACAAGGGGGAAACCAGUUAUCAUGAGUUAUCAUGGUUUUGUAUUUUUCAUUAGUUCGAAUUUUUUUUUUUAAGUCAGUUUAGUUUCAGUUAGUUUCCGACAGUUGGUUUGUUUCAGUUUAGUUUUAGUUUCGUUUUAGUUUCGUUUUUAUUAGUUUCAGUGUUCGUUUUUUAAAAUAAUAUGGAAGCUUUUUGUCAUGGGUGAGAUCUAGGACUUUAAAAAUAGAUAUGAAAACACAAACACUUUUGAAGGCAGCUGACUCACAGUCAUGCAUUCAUCCCAGUCUCAUGUUUGAUGUGUUUUUUGAUCAAAAGCACGACUAAAACUAAAGACAUCUUAUGCACAUUUUGAUUUUAGUUUAAUUAGUUUCGUAAGCACACAAUAUGGUUUAAGUUAGUUAUUUUUUUGUUUUAUUUCAGUUAACUAAAAUGUUUUUUUCACAUGUAGCUUUAGUUUAGUUUUAAUUAACUAUAAUAACCUUGUCAGCAGCUAUUUGUUGGUUGGACACUUCAGUGCAUUAAGUUCCUCUCCGCUGGUUGCCUGGCAACCAGUAUGGCACAUACCCAGCUGUAAAACUACAACGUCUUUUGUUUUGUUGUUGUAAAGAUUAAACAAACAAGAUAUAACGAGUUAAUAGACCUUUUUCCACAGCAGAUUUUGAUAUUAACAAUGGCUGUGUUCCAUUUAGUGUAGGAAACCUCUCCAGUGAGCCAGCACUGCACUGUGCACACAAACCUAGGACCUAGCUCACCUAAAUCGAAUAUGGCCUUCAUUAAUGUUAUUAAAUACUCUUGCUUUUCCUCCUUUGACACAUCGAAUAUCUGCCUUGAAAAAGUGAGCUGGUAAGGGGAUUUUUUAAACCUUUUUAAUGAGCCAUGUUAGCUGUUUCCCUUGUUUCCAGUUUUUGUCUUAAGCUCCAGCUUCACAUUUAACAGAGAGACAUUAGAGUGGUAUCAAUAUCCUGAUCUUGGCAAGAAAGUAGCAUAUUUUUCCCAAAAUGUCAAACUACUCCUUUAAUCUUCUUGUGAGUGCCAAAGAUGAAAAAAAAACGACUUAUAAGGACAUUUAAAAACUUUGGGGGAAGGCUUUCUUUGCCGUUAUAGAGAUUUGUUUGUUUGAUAGCCAACCCUUUUAAACAUGCGAUUAACCACUUUAUCCCCAAAACAUCAACUGUACAGUGUCAAAUAUUUGUACAGAUUCGUUUGUAAAUACGUUUGUAUUGGGAUCCCCCUUAUCUGUUCCCAUGAACUGCAUUUACAUGUCUGUGUUGUUACUGUUGAACUUAUAGGAAAAUACAGUUACCCACAUUGAACAGUAUUAGCAGACAUUUGGUUGUUGAGGAGGAAGCUGUGAGUCUAUAUAGACCCCACCCCACCCCCUCUCCCUUAGUAGUCCAGCAGUCUAAAAUCUAUCUGUAAAGUGGAGUGCACCCAGGUGUCAUCGUCAUACUUAAUGUUUUCCCCCUGCUCUUGCGGUGACCAGUGUCUGCAGUUGACUUUGUUUCUGUGCAAAUUUCUGCAAAGUUUUUAAAUGUUGUGCUCUCAUAUAAAGCAGGUUGUUUUUCCAAUUCAAUUUGAGGAAGUACAAAUGAAGUUGCAGUCAAAAAGGCUGCUACAUUGCCUAUUUUUGGUUCCUCGUUUGUUUAGGAAGUGACCAAGGCAGUGACAUCAUCUUGUUAUGAGUCAGCUGAAAUUCAUUGAAGUUACUCCAGCUCACGUCUGUGCGUGCUGCUGCAUCAUUUCAAUUCAGAUUUCAGCUCUGCCUCCCGAUUAAUGAAAUCGAUUACUUUGAAUAGUAAUUUGAAAUUAGGACCUGGUCAGUAUUAGCUAGAAAGGGACAGUCACCUGUGUUCUCAUGAUAUAUAUAAAUAUAUAUCAAAGCUUGUGUUUGUCUGCAAGCCUCAUUGUCUAUAAAAAGGAUAAGAUUAUAAAGACGAAAAAACUACUGAUUUUGUAAUUACUGGAAUAUAUUGAUGG